AUGCCACAGUCUACAAAUGACGGUGAGCUAGCUGAGAAGUUUGCAGACUUUUUUAUGGAUAAAAUAGCUAAAAUUCGUAAAUCACUUCAGGAUUUUCCAAGCUUCAUUCCAAAUGUCAAACAAAUUCAACCUUUAGAAAAUUUCGAAGAUCUUACAGAAACACAGGUGAAGAGCCUUAUUUGUGAACUAAAUACCAAAUCGUGUGAGCUGGACUUAAUACCCAAACAUAUAUUAAAGUCACAUCUAGAUGAGCUUCUGCCAACCAUUACCAAACUGGUCAAUCUAUCUCUGUCUAAAGGCGUAUUUCCAACACACUGGAAACAGGAGAUCGUUAGACCCCUUCUUAAGAAGUCUGGUUUAGAAUUACAAUUGUCAAACUACAGGCCUGUCAGUAACUUAUCGUUUCUUUCAAAAUUGAUAGAAAAGGCUGCGCUCUUCAGACUAAAUAACCAUGUCGAUACCCAUAAUUUGUUACCCAAAAAUCAAUCAGCAUACAGGCGUCAUCAUUCAUGUGAGACUGCUUUACUCAGACUUGUCAAUGAUCUUCUAGACGGUAUGGAGAAGCAAGAGGUCACAGCUCUAAUUGCAAUAGAUCUAAGUGCAGCUUUCGACACCGUUGACCACGACAUUCUACUCGACGUGUUACAGUCAGUACGGUGUCAAUGGUACCGUGUUAGCUUGGGUGGACUCGUACCUGCGACCUCGUGGUUGUCGCUGAGCGACUGUAAAGAAGUUCUUGAUGUAUACCCGGAAGCAGAAAGUGGAUUUUAUGAGAUAGAACUAUGGAAGUCUAAGAAGAAACUUAUUGUGAAUUGUGACAUGGAAACAGACGGUGGCGGCUGGACGAUAUUUCAUAGGCGCUUUGACGGGUCUAUAGACUUUUAUCGAAACAUCACAGAGUAUGAAAAUGGGUUUGGAAUCGCAAGAGGAGAACUGUGGCUAGGCCUGAAGUACAUACAAGAAUUAGCUGACCAAAAUCGUUCAGAAGCUCGCCUUGAUGUAACAAAUCACAGAAACGAAAUAGGGUAUGAGACCUUUCAGGAAUUUAAGUUAACAAAUGGAACAGACUAUAGACUCAACAUUGGGUUACGCAACGCAUCAGGCAACCUAGUAGAAGGGUUAGCGCACAAUAAUUUAGCUGCUUUUUCAACUUUUGACCGUGACCUAGAUUCAAAAGAUACAGGAAAUUGUGCUGUUGAUCGACACGGAGGCUGGUGGUAUGACUCAUGUACAUACGCUAAUCUCAAUGGAUUAUAUGCCCCACCAGGUACAAUAUGUCAACUUGAUGGGGCUGAUUUCCUUUAUUGUGGACACUGGCAUGGAGGGUUUCAAGAAGGACCUGAAGGAGACACGUUAAGGAAAUCUUCAAUGAUGUUAAGAAGGACAUAA